AUGGCUAGAAUGCUGUGGACAAGAAGAAAUAUGAUGCUGUUUGAAGACUAUUUUGUAGCCCCUUCCAUUUUGAUGCAGAAAGCAAAACAGGCGUGCACUGAGUUCCAACAAAUGCAACACAAACAAUGCACCUCGAGAAGCCAUGGAAAUUUGGAUCAGAUAGACAAUGCUCUUUGGCUUCCUCCUGAGUUAGAUUGGAUCAAGAUAAAUUGGGAUAUUGCAACAAAGGAAAUAGGCCAAAGAAUUGGAGUUGGGAUUGCAGUUAGAGAUUCUGAGGGAGAUCUAUUGGUUUCAUGCAUGCAACCACUAAGUUUCUGCACACAAGCUACUAUGGCAGAGGCUAGAGGAUUAAUAUCAGCUAUGAAGCUAUGUAAAGAACUCGGCUUACAGAAAGUUGUGUUUGAAGGAGAUUCACUUCAGUUUGUUAAUGCAGUAAGACAUCAUCUACAAGAGAAUGGUUUGCUCCAAUGCCUUGUGCAAGAUGUUUACUCCAUCAUGGCUAAUACAAGAUGGGAGAUUAGACAUGUAAGAAGGAAGGCCAACCAAGUAGCUCAUUAG